AUUUUUUCCCGUGACGUCAGGGAAGGACAAAAUGAUUUAUCGCGAGGUCGUUUGGCCCCUGUGACCGCCGGUUGAAGUAGAGUGGAGGCUCCAUUUUAAGACACGGAGAGAACCGGUUUUGGACACCAUGUAUCCGACCACACUAACGCAGUUGUCCCGGGCUAAUCCCUUCAACGCCCCGCUAUUCUCCCUCCAAGAAAUCGAGGAGCCCAAACAGAGCCUCCCCGCAAAUGGACAGAGCCGCAACCUCGCUGCCGCAGCAAUUGCUGACUCUGCAGAUGUGAGCUGUGAGUUUGGCUCAACAAAAUACUAUGCCCUUUGUGGGUUUGGGGGUAUCUUGAGCUGCGGCCUCACACACACAGCUGUUGUACCCCUCGACCUUGUCAAGUGCCGCAUCCAGGUGGACCCUGACAAGUACAAGAGCAUUGGCAAAGGCUUCUCCCUCACAUUGAAGGAGGAUGGAGCCCGAGGGCUGGCUAAGGGUUGGGCCCCUACCUUCAUCGGCUACUCCAUGCAGGGUCUCUGCAAGUUUGGCUUCUAUGAGAUGUUCAAGAUCUUCUACAGUGAUAUGCUUGGACAGGAGAACACGUACCUGUGGAGGACAUCCCUGUACCUGGCUUCGUCUGCCAGUGCAGAGUUCUUUGCUGACAUUGCCCUGGCCCCCAUGGAGGCUUGCAAAGUGCGUAUCCAGACCUGCCCCGGCUACGCCAACAACCUCAGACAGUGUGCUCCCAAGAUGUUUGCAGAGGAGGGAGUAUGGGCGUUCUACAAGGGUGUGGUUCCCUUGUGGAUGCGGCAGAUCCCCUACACCAUGAUGAAGUUUGCCUGCUUUGAGAGGACCGUGGAGCUGCUCUACAAACACGUGGUGCCCAAACCACGUGCUGACUGCACCAAGGGCGAACAGCUGAUUGUCACCUUCACUGCCGGCUACAUCGCUGGUGUGUUCUGUGCCAUCGUGUCCCACCCAGCGGACUCAGUGGUGUCUGUACUGAACAAGGAGAGUGGCAGCACCGCCGUCCAAGUGCUCAAGAAGCUGGGACCUAAAGGUGUUUGGAAGGGCCUGGUUGCCCGUAUCAUCAUGAUCGGUACUCUGACCGCUCUGCAGUGGUUCAUCUACGACUCCGUGAAGGUCUACUUCCGCCUGCCCCGUCCCCCUCCCCCCGAGAUGCCAGAGUCCCUCAAGAAGAAGCUGGGGCUCACUGAGUAAAAAAAAAAAAAAAAAAAACAUCUCCAGGACCCCCUCUCGACUCACACCUCACCCCCCUGGCUGCAGCACACAGCUCUGUUUUCUAUAUUUAUGUUCCUAAAGCAGCUCCUCUUCUCCAGGCCCAGGGCUGUUCCUCCCAUGUAUAUUUUAGAGAGAGACCGGAAGGAAGGGAUCCAUGUUUGUCCCCCCUCUGCACUGAGGUACAGGAGAAUAUACGUACUGUAGAAACAUGGUCUGGUUUUAUCGAAUCAUGUCAUUAGUAAUGUGGAAAUUAUAUAAAAAUGUAAAUGUUUCCCUCUAAAACAUGUCCGGUUGUUUUAAUUUCUUUAAGUUUUCCACUGAAAAUAAAAUAAUUAUGGUAUUGGG